AAGCCAUUGAUCCCCAGUUAAAAUAGGCGAGUGGAACUUCUUCGGUUCGUCACAAUCGCUACAAACACACUGUACUCCAUCAAAAUGGUGGCCUCACUAUCGAUAAGGGGAGCUGAUUUCAUCGAUGAGCAAGGAAGAACAGUGCAACUGAAGGGUAUUAAUGUGGAUGGAGGGAGCAAGUAUCCCAAAUCACCCAAUAUGACGUCUCACAUCCCAGCGGAUGGCCCUGAUGCGCUGUUCUUCGAAGGAGAUUCGGUCUCCUUUGUCGGAAGACCGUUCCCACUAGAGGAUGCGCUAGGACAUCUACGCAGGAUCAAGAGACUUGGUUAUAACGUUAUCCGUUAUCUGUUUACGUGGGAAGCUCUGGAGCAUGAAGGUCCGGGAAAGUACGACGACGAAUUCGUAGACUACACCAUCCAGCUCUUGAAGAUCAUAGCCCAGGAAGGAGGACUAUACGUGUAUUUGGAUCCUCAUCAAGAUGUUUGGAACAGAUUCUGUGGGGGCGAUGGUGCUCCAAUGUGGACUCUAUACGCUGCAGGAUUAGACCCCAAGUGCUUUGAGAAGACAGAGGCCGCUGUGGUGCAGAACUUCUUCCCUCAUGAUCCUGAUGCUUAUCCAAAGAUGCUGUGGACUACAAACUACCACAGGCUGGCCACAUCGACAAUGUUCACGCUUUUCUUUGCAGGACGGACGUUUGCACCGAGAUGUGUGCUGAAUGGUGUCAAUAUUCAGGAUUACCUCCAGUCACACUUCAUCAACGCCGUCUCAUAUCUGCUUACACAGAUCAGAAAACAGGCACCAGAGGUUCUGGAAACCACUCUCAUCGGUGUUGAGACGAUGAAUGAACCCAAUGCUGGCUUCAUGGGGAUCACAGAUAUCAAUGAACUCCCAGAAUCACAGAAUUUGAAGAUCAGUACUACGCCGACUGUAAUGCAGAUGCUCAAGCUGGGCAUGGGCAUACCUACCGAAGUUGAUGAGUAUAAGAUAUCUGUGUUCGGGCCAAAGAAGACAGGGUCCCGGUUCAUCGAUCCAGAGGGGGUAACUGCUUGGUUACAGCCUUCUGAAUCUCGUGAUUCCCACUACGGGUUUGAAAGGGAUCCGAGUUGGAUAUUGGGCAAGUGUAUUUGGGAAUGGCAUGGUGUUUGGGACUCCAACGAAGAGAAGCCUCUUAUUAACGACUACUUUGCCAUACACCCAUUGUCGGGUGCUACUGUGGAUGAGGAGUAUUUCAUUAACAACUUCUUUGUUGAUCACUUUGCCCAAUACAGAGAGGCUGUGAGAGCUGUUAUGCCAAAUGCCUUCAUAUUUCUGGAGCCACCUGUGUUGCAACUACCUCCAAGGCUCAUUGGCACUGAUCUAAUAGACGACAAGACAGUGUACUGUCCUCAUUACUACGAUGGAAUGUCGCUCAUGUUCAAGUCAUGGAACACCAAGUAUAACGUCGAUACCCACGGCAUCAUGAGAAAGAAAUACUCUAACCCUGUCUUUGGAAUCGUUUUUGGUGAGAAGAACAUAAGAAACAGUUUCAGGAAACAAUUGGCAACCAUGAAGGAAGAAGGUGAAGAGUACCUGGGAACGAUCCCUGUUCUUUUCUCAGAAAUUGGAAUGCCUUUUGACAUGGAUAACAAGCGUGCAUACGACGAUGACGAUUUUUCUUCACAGACUUCAGCAUUGGAUGCUCUGGGCUAUGCACUCGAAGGCUCUAACCUCUCUCAUACCUGGUGGUGUUAUGCCUCUGAGAAUUGUCAUAAAUGGGGUGAUCGUUUCAACUGUGAGGAUUUCUCCUUUUGGUCUAUCGAUGAUGACCUGGAUGACUCAACUCUCCCUGGAUCAAGAGGGUGGGACUCUGCCUUGACCAAGCGACAAUACUCUCAGAAGUCAAUUGGACUAGACAGCAGUGAUACGGAGACUGUCAUAGAAUCGUCUAGCACGUCGAACAGACAGAGAUGCAAGACUGACACACCUUCGAGGACAACAGAUGAUAAGGCUCAUCUGGGUCUUCGUGCAAUAGACUCAAUCAUUAGACCUUACCCAUUGGGGAUAAACGGUGAUUUCAUUGAAGCAGUAUUCGAUUUGAAGAACUUGACAUAUCGCAUCAAGCUGGCUGGUAGCGAAGACAUGUCGGUGCCAACAAAGAUAUUCUUCCCGGACUGGCAUUUCGGUGUAGACUCAUCUGUUGAAAUCAGUUCAGGAUCAUACGAAUUUUCCGAUGACGGGCUUGUCCUCGAGUGGCUUCAUGAGCCGGGUGAACAGACCCUGGUUGUGAAGGCAUUUGGAUCACAACAGCAGCAGCAGCCGACUAACUUCUUCACAUCAUUCUUCUCAUCUAUAUGUUCCUGAGGCGUGCGAAAUAACAUGACAUUGGUUAAAUUUUCUACAAUUUUGUCUGUUUUCUGGUUUAUAGUAAUAGUACACACAGUUUAAAACUCAAGAUCUGGUUCUUGCUCAUCACGUUCACGCUUACCAGUAACUUCUGAAGCCAAUAACCUUUUAACAAAUGCUGUGAAA